GAACGGGCCCAUAAUGUCGUGCGUACGACCAUGCGGAAUUAGAUUUGAGGUUAUGUUAGGUCAGAAUUAGGUUAGGAAUUCACCGCACUGUUUUUGCACGGUGCACAGGUCACAAGGUACCAAAAAAUGGCACGUCAGAGCUUUGCGUGUACGAUAAGCUAAAAGAGCUUAUGCCUAAGCGUUCCGUAUGAAUUUCCAAGAAUGUUGAGAAAGUUUUAUCUCGGAACGCUUCUCCACGUGGGCUUAGGGUUGACGUUUCUACUGCUGUUCUGCGAAUACCUCGUAUAUUACGUGGUGCUUACGCAGUGCGAAUGGCCCACUCUGGACCCUCGGAAAGAGGACCCCGCUCUACGUGGAGAAGCAACGGACAGGCCUGUCAGAGCUAUGUUUAUAGCGGACACUCAUUUGCUGGGUUCCAGGGAGGGCCAUUGGUUCGAUAAACUGCGAAGGGAAUGGCAGAUGUACAGAGCGUUCCAAACCAUGAUGACGUUACAACAACCGGACGUAGUUUUUGUACUGGGUGAUGUUUUCGACGAGGGAAAAUGGUGCGGCUCCGCGGAGUUCGAGUACUAUACGAAGAGAUUCCAUUCCUUGUUCCAUGUGCCUAAGGACACCCGCCUCUACGUCGUCGCUGGAAAUCACGAUAUGGGAUUCCAUUAUGCAAUCACGCCGUAUCGCAAUCAGCGCUUCAUUAACGGCAUGAAGAGCCCGAACGUGCGACGACUGAGCCUGAGAGACAAUCACUUCGUGCUGAUCAACAGCAUGGCGUUAGAAGGGGACGGCUGUUUCCUGUGCCGACCGACCGAGAUCGCAGUGAAUAAAAUAGCUAGUAAGCUAUCACCUCUGAUAUUAGCGUGCCAAGAUUUUUUCGUAAUCGAUUACUCGCUAAAUCGUCUGUAUGUGUAUCGUAUUGCAGAGGAUUUGAAAUGCGCGAGAAAAAUCGGCAACGAUUGUCGCAACGCAAGCACCAUUUCUAGAUACAGUAGGCCCAUAUUGCUGCAACAUUAUCCGAUGUAUCGAGAAUCGGACGAGAUUUGUAACGAAUUGGAUCAGGCUCCCAACGAGUUGAAGGCCAUCAAGUUCCGGGAGCGAUGGGAAUGCUUGUCGAAGGAAGCGUCGGAGCAGCUCUUGGAUAUAUUGAAUCCGCGAUUGAUCGUCGCCGGUCACACUCAUCACGGUUGCAGGAGGAUACACCGGGACGACGUUCUGGAAUUCACGAUCCCGUCUUUCAGUUGGCGCAACAAGAACAAUCCAUCCCUCCUGAUGGGUACUUUCACUCCCAGCAAUUACUCCGUCUCCAAGUGCUACAUGCCCGUGGAAUCUACUGUGAUCGCUAUUUAUAGUUGUAGUCUCCUAUGCAUACUGAUAUAUUUGAUUAUAAAACUCAGGCCGAGGCGGCACGCGUACUCGCGCGUGAAAAUGCCUUGACUAACUCUAUCGUGACACGUUCGAACGCGCGAACGGGCGUAUAAUAAUUCUAUAUACAAUACAAUUUAUGGAGGUUAUAAUUGUCGAAAUUAGGACAUAUCUGUAUACACGUUUCGUACACGCUAGCCAUCACGUAUUAUUUACAACAGUAAUAGUAUAAAAUACUUUUGUAAUAUAUCAUAGUUAUAACGAUGUCAAUCUCGAUGUACAUAGAAUUCUAUUACGGAGAACUUGAAACGAUGUUUACUUACUAAAAUUACUAAAAAAUUGUAUAUAAGUACCGACGUAAUUUUACACAAGUGCGCAAUAAAAAAAACAUACAAAUUGAGUCAACGAAACUGGACGCACAGAUGUCUGCGAUAACAACAUCCGAAAGUCGAAGAAUAAAAACGUGCACCCGUACGAACGUAAAAUAGAUACACAAAAUUAUUAUUCAUACACGUUGCAUACUGCGCUUAUUGUUAUCAUAAUGACCGGCCGAGACAGUUGCGAAACUGCGUGUUGUAUUCUUACAUUAAAGGAAACGAUAAACACUUUA